AUGGCCACUCAUGCUUCUUACAAUGGCGUCAACUCCGGAAUCCAAGUCGCAAAAAACUAUGGACCCAUCACGGCGAAUCUGAGUCAACCGGAAAGGUUGUUAGACCAAGCAUGUCUGCGCGACCUACGAACGACCAACCCCUGCGAUGAUAAAGAGCGUAUCAAGAAAACUAACGGUGGGCUACUCAAAGACUCCUACCGCUGGAUUCUUGAAAACGCAGCUUUCAGAAAAUGGCAAAAUAACCAGAGCAAUCGUCUUCUCUGGAUCAGGGGUGAUCCCGGCAAAGGCAAGACGAUGCUUCUGUGUGGCAUCAUCGAGGAGUUGACACAAUCACAUAAUGAGAGUGCAACUCUCUCGUUCUUCUUCUGCCAAGCCACCGAUAUGCGUAUCAAUAGUGCGACGUCCGUCUUACGUGGCUUGAUAUGUUCACUUAUCGAGAAGCAUCCAUCACUUCUCCGCCACGUGCGAGCUCGAUACGAUUCUGCAGGGAAAGACCUGUUCGAAGACAUCAAUGCAUGGAGUGCCCUCGUAUCCAUUUUCACACAAAUCCUCGAAGACUCGUCUUUGAAGAGUACCUACUUCGUGAUUGAUGCUUUGGACGAAUGUCGAGAUGGUCUUCAAGACCUUCUGGAUCUAAUCGUUGAACACUCAACAGCCCAUCAAGAAAUAAAAUGGGUUGUCUCCAGUCGUAACGAAUAUCAGAUUACUGAGUGUCUCGACUCUGCUACACAUGUAGCUCCGAUCUCGUUGGAGCUGAAUGAGACAUCCGUGUCUGGAGCUGUAGAUGCAUUCAUCCAACAUAAAGUGGACUCUUUGGCCAAGCAAAAAAGAUACGAUGAGAAAAUAACUGCAACUGUCAAACGCCACUUAUUACGCAACUCACAAGGCACUUUCCUAUGGGUUGCCUUGGUCUGGAAGAAUCUUGACCAAACGCCAAGAAGGCAUGUAAUGAAGAAGCUUGAAAUGUUCCCGCCUGGACUCGAUAAUCUUUACCGCCGAAUGAUGGGUCAGGUUCGUGACUCAGAAGACGCAGAGCUCUGCAAACAGAUACUGGGCACUGUAAUGGCAGUUUAUCGCCCAGUCACGCUUAGCGAGCUAAGCUCCCUCCUUGCGGGGCGGAAUGAUGGCUUCGAUGAUCUUGACACACUCCUUGAGGUUAUCGGGAUAUGUGGGUCGUUCCUGACAUUACGAGAAAGCACCAUCACGUUUGUUCAUCAAUCUGCGAAAGAAUUCCUGACUAGAGAGGCAUUCGCGGAGAUGUUUCCCAAGGGCCUAGACAGUGAACACUACACUAUCUUCUCCCAAUGUCUGAAUGUUCUUUUCAAGACACUUCGACGUGACAUCUUUGACCUCAAAUUGCCAGGCAUAUCCUCUAAGGAUAUUAGUGUGCCAAACCCAAAUCCACUAGCACCCGCUGAGUACGCUUGUGUCUAUUGGGUAGGCCAUCUUGAUGCUUGGAAGUAUAACGCAACCUAUAGACAGAGUUUGAAGGAUAGGCAGAUACUGGAUAGGUUUCUGCAGCAGAAAUACCUCCACUGGCUCGAGGCUCUGAGCAUAUUGGGAAGCCUUUCAGAUGGCAUACGCGCUAUGAAAAGGCUAGAAAGUUUGAUUGUCGUGUAUUGCUCACCUCUCGUCUUUAGCCCGUCAAAGAGCCUGACUGGAAUAGCUUUCCGGGAAGAUAGACCUGAUUGGGUUUCAAACUAUCCCAUAGUGGAGAAAAGCUGGAGUGCUUGCCUUCAAACUCUUGAGGGGCAUAGUGAUUCGGUCGAAUCGAUUACCUGGUCGCCAGAUGGAAGCCGACUUGCAUCAGGGUCCCGGGAUAAGACAGUCCGGAUAUGGGAUCCAGCCACCGGCCAGAGCGUUGGUACUCUCGAGGGGCAUAAUGGCUGGGUCCAGUCAAUUGCCUGGUCGCCAGAUGGAAGCCGACUUGCAUCAGGGUCUUGGGAUAAGACCGUCCGGAUAUGGGAUCCAGCCACCGGCCAGAGCGUGUCUACUCUGGAGGGGCAUAGUGAUUCAGUCGAGUCAAUUGCCUGGUCGCCAGAUGGAAGCCGACUUGCAUCAGGGUCUUGUGAUAAGACCGUCCGGAUAUGGGAUCCAGCCACCGGCCAGAGCGUGUCUACUCUGGAGGGGCAUAGUGAUUGGGUCCGGUCAAUUGCCUGGUCGCCAGAUGGAAGCCGACUUGCAUCAGGGUCAGAUGAUAACACCGUCCGAAUAUGGGAUCCAGCAACCGGCCAGAGCAUGUCUACUCUCGAGGGGCAUAGUCACUGGGUCCGGUCAAUUGCCUGGUCGCCAGAUGGAAGCCGACUUGCAUCAGGGUCAAGCGAUAACACAGUGCGGAUAUGGCAUCCAGCCACCGGCCAGAGCACGUCUACUCUAGAGGGGCAUAAUCGUUCGGUCCAGUCAAUUGCCUGGUCGCCAGAUGGAAGCCGACUUGCAUCAGGGUCUUGUGAUAAGACCGUCCGGAUAUGGGAUCCAGCCACCGGCCAGAGCGUGUCUACUCUGGAGGGGCAUAGUGAUUGGGUCCGGUCAAUUGCCUGGUCGCGGGAUGGAAGCCGACUUGCAUCAGCGUCAGAUGAUAAGACCGUCCGGAUAUGGGAUGAAGCCACCGGCCAGAGCAUGUCAACCCUCUCUACCGGCUUUACUAGCUUCGUCAAAUUUGACAUCGCCGAUUCAAAUUGUCUGCACACCGAUGCUCGUACAUUUUGCAUAAGCUCAGUGGAUGCUGUGACGCCUAUGCAUAACACUUUUACCCAUCCUCCAAAGCAGUAUGGAUAUGGACUUGGCGAUGACCGUUCCUGGAUAACCUAUGGUGGACUCAACCUCUUAUGGUUACCCUCAGAAUAUCGCCCCCUUAGUGUCUCUCUUUUUUCUAUAGAUGAGGCCAAAAUAGCUUUUGCCUGUUCAUCAAAUCGCGUCAUUUUUCUCGCACUUUCAAAACACUGUCCUAUACCUACCCUUUGA